AUGUAUCCACCAAUCCAAAGAAAGAAUAGGUUUAAGCUGGACAGCCCGCCGUACCGCGUUGUGGACAACAACUCCCAUUCCAUUACUGGUAAGGUAGACCCCCAACACCCCAGGGUGUGUGGUCACAGUGCCAGGGUGUUGGAUGUCAAGUGGAACCCCUUUGAUGACCACUGCAUCGCCUCCUGCUCUGAGGACUGCACCGUAAAGCUAUGGGACAUCCCAGCCAACGGUCUCUAUCAGAACAUGACCCUCCCCAGGAAGGUGCUUCAGGGUCACAGCCGCAGAGUCAACCUGAUAGAAUGGCACCCUACUGCUCGGGAUCUACUGGUCAGCUCAGCCUACGACUACAAGGUGAUGGUCUGGGAUGUGUCAGUGUGUGACUCGGUACUGAGGAACCCAGUAUGUGUUAUUUCUCUUCACACUGAGCUGGUUCUGUCCAUGUCCUUCAACAAUGACGGCAGCUCUCUAGCUACCACCAGCCUGGACAAGAAGAUCCGAGUCAUGGACCCACGUACUGGACGCCUCAUACAGGUGUCCAGCAGUAAACUCCACAGGGCCAAUAAGGUGGUGUUUAUAGGAGACCAGAACAUGCUGUUUUCUACUGGCAGCUCACCAUGGAACCAAAGACAGAUCACAUUAUGGGAUCCGGAUGAUCUGUCAGAGCCGCUGUCAGAGGAGGAGGUGGAUGGAGGUGCAGGAGUCCUCUUCCCAUUCUACGACCCUGAUACACACAUCCUCUACCUGGCUGGCAAGGGUGAUGGUAACAUUAGGUAUUAUGAGAUCAGUUCUGAGAAGCCCUACGUUCAGUUCCUCACUGAGUAUUACUCCCUACUGCCUCAGAAAGGUCCAGGGGUCAUGCCUAAGCGCGGUCUGGACGUGAGUUCCUGUGAGGUGUUCCGGUUCUACCGCUUGGUGACUGUUAAGGACCUGGUCGAACCGCUCUCCAUGAUCGUCCCUCGCAGGUCCCCAAAGACCUUCCAGGAUGACAUCUUCCCCAUGACAGCAGGCAACGAGGCGGCCCUGACGGCUCAACAGUGGCUCUCGGGGAUCAAUAGAGGCCCGGUGCUGAUGUGUCUGAAACCUGGCAGUAAGAUAGCCAACCCCUACCCUGAGACCCUACCCAGGAGGGGGCUGAGCAACUUCCAGAGUGGGGGACCAGGAGAGACAGGGUCCACGGAGCAGACCUUCCUCCAGGAGCAGUUGGCCUACCAGGACGCCAAGUACCCCAGGGAAGUGGCUGAUCUGUCGGGCUGGCAGCUAGACGAGACCCAGGCUCCGGGUUGGGCCUACACUCCCCACUGUUGUGAGCCCUCAGAGUGCCCUCCUCCCAGGACAGAGAGUGAGCUCCUUCAGGCAUUCUACAGACAACAAGAGGAGAUCAGGGGACUGAGAGACCAGCUCAACCAGAAAAAGGUCCAGAUCACACAGCUGGAACUGGAGAUCAAGAACACCAGAAAUAACAUGAGGGCCACCUUCUGAAUGAUUCAACCAAUCACAUUAGAAGAGCCUUCUGAAUCAACCAAUCACAUGAGAGCCAUCUUCUGAAUGAUUCAAUCAAUCACAUUUGAAGAGCCUUCUGAAUCAACCAAUCACAUGGUAGCAGCUUUUGGAAUCAACCAAUCACAUAAGAGCCAUCUUCUGACUCGACCAAUCACAUGAGAGCCAUGUUCUGAUUCAACCAAUCACAUGAGAGCCAUCUUCUGAUUCAACCAAUCACAUGAGAGCCACCUUCUGAUUCAACCAAUUUUUGUAUUUUGUAUUUAUUAAGGAUCCACAUUAGUUCCUACCAAGGCAGCACCUACUCUUCAUGGGGUCCAGCAAAAUUAAGGCAGUUAUAUACAAUUUCAAACAUUACAAUAUAUUCACAAAACAUUUUGUGGCUUCAACUACCACAAAAACCACGUGUACAACUAGGCAAGUCAGUUAAGAACAAAUUCUUAUUUUCAAUGACGGCCUGGGAACAGUGGGUUAACUGCCUUGUUCGGGGGCAGAACGACAGAUUUGUACGUUGUCAGCUCAGGCGAUUCGAUCUUGCAACCUUUGGGUUACUAGUCCAACGCUCUAACCACUAGGCUGCCCUGCCGCCCGUAUAGCGUGUAUGUUAUCAUGUGUGUGUGUGUCUCUUCACAGUCCCAUAAGGUAUAUUUUUAUCUGUUUAAAAGAACAUCUGAUUCUCCUGCUGCAUCAGUUACCUGAUGUGGAAUAGAGUUCCAUGUAGUCAUGGCUCUAUGUAGUACUGUGGAAUAGAGUUCCAUGUCGUCAUGGCUCUAUGUAGUACUGUGGAAUAGAGUUCCAUGUAGUCAUGGCUCUAUGUAGUACUGUGGAAUAGAGUUCCAUGUAGUCAUGGCUCUAUGUAGUACUGUGGAAUAGAGUUCCAUGUCGUCAUGGCUCUAUGUAGUACUGUGGAAUAGAGUUCCAUGUAGUCAUGGCUCUAUGUAGUACUGUGGAAUAGAGUUCCAUGUAGUCAUGGCUCUAUGUAGUACUGUGGAAUAGAGUUCCAUGUAGUCAUGCCUCUAUGUAGUACUGUGGAAUAGAGUUCCAUGUAGUCAUGGCUCUAUCUUGUACUGUGGAAUAGAGUUCCAUGUAGUCAUGGCUCUAUGUAGUACUGUGGAAUAGAGUUCCAUGUAGUCAUGGCUCUAUGUAGUACUGUGGAAUAGAGUUCCAUGUAGUCAUGGCUCUAUCUUGUACUGUGGAAUAGAGUUCCAUGUAGUCAUGGCUCUAUGUAGUACUGUGGAAUAGAGUUCCAUGUAGUCAUGGCUCUAUGUAGUACUGUGGAAUAGAGUUCCAUGUAGUCAUGGCUCUAUGUUGUACUGUGGAAUAGAGUUCCAUGUAGUCAUGGCUCUAUGUAG